AUGAAUCGCUCCAUCUUCCUCACGGCUUCGGGUUAUCUCCGACCGGCAAGUCGGGUUGCUCCCCUUGUACGUCGCUGUUCACCGGGUACUUUCUCUGCUGUUCGCAGAUAUGCAUCGUCAGCGGGGUUUAACUGGGAGGAUCCUCUUCUGUCCUCGGAAUUAUAUACGGAGGAAGAAUUGGCGGUUCAGGAUACUGCUAGGCAGUACUGUCAAGAACGGUUACUGCCUCGGAUUCUCGAUGCCUACAGGAAUGAAAACUAUGAUCGCAAGAUCCUCGAGGAAAUGGGCGAAUUGGGCUUCCUCGGAGCCAAUAUCGAGGGAUACGACUGCGCCGGAGUCAGCACUGUCGCCUACGGACUGAUAACCAAGGAGGUGGAACGCGUGGAUUCCGGAUAUAGGUCGGGAAUGUCAGUCCAGAGCUCUCUGGCCAUGACGGGUAUUUACAAAUUCGGCACGCAGGAAUUAAAGGAACGGCUUCUGCCGCAAUUGGCCAAGGGGAAGUUGGUAGGGUGCUUUGGCCUGACUGAGCCCAAUCACGGCUCGGAUCCGGGUUCUAUGGAGACUGUUGCUAAAGAGCAUCCGACAAAGAAAGGGUAUUACUUGCUCUCGGGAACUAAGACCUGGAUCACCAACUCUCCUAUUGCCGAUGUAAUGAUUGUCUGGGCCAAGCUGGAUGGCAAGAUCCGCGGUUUCGUGAUUGAACGCAGCAAAUGCCCACUAGGAACGUUAGAAACGCCAGCCCUGAAGAACAAGACUGCCCUACGAGCAUCCAUCACAGGUAUGAUCCAGAUGGACAACUGCCCCGUGCCAGCGGAUAACAUGUUCCCGGAUGUGGAAGGCCUCAAGGGGCCUUUUACCUGUCUCAAUAGCGCGAGGUUGGGAAUCGCUUUUGGAGCGAUGGGGGCACUAGAAGACUGCAUAGAUCGUGCACGCACCUAUGCAUUAGAGAGAAAGCAGUUCAAGGGGAAGCCUCUUGCCAGAUAUCAGCUGGUGCAGAAGAAAUUGGCAGACGCUGCGACAGAUGCUGCAUUCGGUACAUUGGCUGCGACGCAGGUUGCGAGACUGAAGGACGCAGGGAAGUUGUCACCAGAGAUGAUCUCCAUGGUUAAGAGACAGAAUACUGAUAGGGCGCUGGCAAAUGCACGAAUACUGCAGGAGAUCUUCGGUGGAAAUGCAGCAAGUGAUGAAUAUCACAUCGGACGACAUGUUGCUAACCUGUUUGUGGUGCAGACAUAUGAAGGACAGAGCGACAUCCACACCCUGAUUCUGGGACGGGCGAUUACAGGAGUCCAGGCGUUUGUCUAG